AUGGGUACCUGGGCGGCGAUGGCUCCGGCCGUCGCCCUCGCGCCCCGACGCGAUGGAACGCCGCUGCCGGGAACGUCGAGCGGUAUCGGGGGCAGGCCGCACGUCGCGCUGCGCCAGCCGCUGCCCCGGUACGCGCGCCGGGCCGUCUCCCCCAACCGCGUGAGGCCCGGCGAGGCUGGAGGCUUCACCAUCGUGCGCUCCGCCCGGCGCGGUGACAAAUACCCGUGGGCGCGCGACGAGGAUGACCCCCCGCGCGUCGACGACGUUCGCGUCGACGAUGGAUCCAUCGCGAGGCUCCCGCGCGCUCGGCGCGCGACCGGCGCGAGGCUCGUCGCGGCGCGGCGCUCGCCCUCGCCCGACCGCGCUCGGUCGGUCCGCCUGCGAUGCCUGCCUCCGAGCGACGACGCCGCGGGCCACCUCGCGCCCGACGACGACGACGCCGCCGCGAAGGACGGCGCGGCGACGCCCGAGUCCGGCGACGCGACGCCGUCGAAGGACGCGGGGAGCGAAGCGCCGUCGGACGCCGCCGACUCCGACGCGUCGUCGUCGACCACCGCGCGAAUCUCGGAGGAGGAGAAGACGAAGAAACAGACGGGGGAGAAGACGAAAAAGGACGACGAGGAGGAACGCGCGGGAUUCGAACCCGCGACCGGCGGGGACGCGAUACCGUUCGUCAUCAAGGGUGCCGCCGGGCCCGCUCCCGACGCCGGCGGCGCCCCCGACGCCGCCGCGGAUAAGGAGUCGGACGCCGACGCCGACGCUGGCUCGGUUGUCGUGGACCCGCCGGUGGAUAAGGAGCUGGACAGGCGGUCGAAGGUGAUGGCCGCGGCGGAGGCUAACGUCCCGCCGUCGCAGCGGGACCCUCGAGCGCAGUCCACGGAAGAGGCGGCCGCGGAGGAGGCCGAGGCCGCCGCCGCCGCCGCGCGGGAGAAGGAGAGGGAGAAGGAGAAGGAGAGGGAAGCGGAGAGGGAAGGGGAGAGCGCGGCCGCCGCUGAAUCUUCGCUCGGCAUCUCGCGCGAGACGAGGCGCGAAUUCGCGGAGAGCGGCUCGUUCGACGAGGCCGAGCUCGCCUCCGUGCCGAACGCCGACCCUCCUUCGGAGCUGCCGGAGACAGAGACGGAGACGGACCCCGCCUCCUCCUCGUCGAAGGACUCGCGAUCGACGACGGACCUUCAGUCAGACGACGUCGUGGUGCGGGAGGGCGUGGACCUGUCCGGGACGGUGACCGCCGAGUACACGUUCCCUUCCUCGCUCCAGGGCGCCCCUCGCGCCGACGCCGCCGACGCCUUCAAGCGCGCCUUCGACAAGCAGGACAGACGGCUCAAGAACGAGGAGGAGGCGCUCCGGGAGGCGUUUUCGCAGUACGCCGACGACACGCCGGCGGUCGAGUCGGACGCGCCCGCUUCCGCGACGUCGUCGUUCGCCAGGUUCGACCCGGCGGACAACGACGAGUACACCCCGCGGAGGACGCCCAACGCGAAUCGCAGCGGCACCCCGACUGAUAAGGACGCGGUGGUGGUGCUCACCGCGCUGGGCGCCAUCACCCUCAGCGCUCAAGACGCGGAGGAGUACAAAAAGACGAGCGCGUUUUACAACGGACCGGAACCGAAGCCCAACGAGCCCAGCAAGUCGGUCAACUCGGCGCCCAAGCCCAACAAGAAGGCUGGGCUGAGCGACGAAGGACCGGUGGAGACUGCGGGUAAGGUUCCCAAGGGCAUCGCCAGGGGCGGGAUCACCAAGCCGAAGCCGAAUCCCGAUCUUGUCGGCGUGCCGCCGUCCGAGCGAGUUCCGCAGAAAAAGCCGGACCCGGCGCCUUCCGACGCAGACGGCGAAGACGCGGGCCGUCCGGAGGAAGACGUCGAUUCGGAGCCGGUGCUGGUCAAGAAGACGGGGGGGGCGCCGGUGGUGGAAGAGGCGGCGAAGGAUGCGGAGAAACUGUCAGACGUCAAGCCGGCGGACAAACCGGCCAAGCCCGCGGGGUCGGUCGAGCCGCCGGCGACGGCGACGACGGCGACGACGGCGACGACGGCGGCCGAGGCGCCACCCAAGCCGAGCGGUAACGCGACGGCCGCGCAGCUCCGCGCGACGGGCGAGUCCGCGCCCAAGCCCAAACCCCAAGUCGUCGACGCCAAGGUGGGGGCGGGUGACGGCUCGACGGCGGCGGUGGGCGGCGGCGGGUCUGGGAUCGGCGGCGGCGGCGGCGGAGGAGGAGGAGGAGGAGGCGGCGGGGGCGGCGGUGGCGGUCGCGGCGGGGGCGGCGACGACGAGGAAGAUCCUGAUGAGGUGGACCCCGAGGCGCUUCCCAACCAGAUCGUCGCGUUUUUGAGAGUCGCGCUCACGUCGGCUGAGAUCGCGUUCGAUCGCGUCGUCAAGCGGAUCCUGAAGCUGUGGGUGACGCGGGACCCGACGCUGACGGGACGACUGUUCUUCUUCACCGCGGGUGCGUUUCUCUUCGGCACGCUCGCCAAGGUGCUCGGCCCGACGAACCCGCUCGAGUUUGGCAAGGAGUCGCUGUUCUCCACGGUGAUGGGGACGAGCCCGCAGUGGGUGUUCAACCGGGAGCAGGGUCCGGUGCAGGCGACGAUGGUGACGAUGACCAGCGCGUGCAUCGCGGCGAUCGCGAAGAUUCGUCUCGGCAACAACAUGGUCCCGCUGUCGCCGUUCAUGCACGGCGUGCUCGGACUCCCCGUGGGCUUCAUGCUCGUCUUCAGGUGGAACAACGCGUACGAGCGUUGGUGGUCCGGUCGAACCGAGCUGGGGCUGCUGCUGAUGCACGCGAAGAAUCUUGGCGGAUCUUUUUGCACCUGGGUCGCGGGAAGCGACCAGCAACUGGCGACCCGCGCCUUGGCGCUCAUCUGCGCCCUGAAGGAGUGUGUGGCGGAUCGCUUGAACGGAACCAUAUUAGCGGACGGCCGCGUGAUGCUCAACGAGACGACGCUGACCACGCCGCUGCACCCGGAUGACCUCGAGGGCCUGUUCGCCGCGGAGAAUAAGGUGUUGUACUGCAUCGAGUCGCUUCGCAAGUGCAUCUUCAAGGCGCACGCUCAGGGUUUGCUGCCGCCGCCCAUCCUGGGCGGGAUGCAGAACGAGGAUCUCUUCAAGAUCAUGGAGGCGUACGGCGAGUGCGAGAAGGUGGUCAACCAGCCCCCGCCGGGAUGCAUCAUCACGCAUCUCAAGUCCACGCUCAUGGUGUACAUGUGCGCGCUCCCGUUUAUCCUUGUGCACGAGGUGGGCGUGCUCGCGGUGGUGCCCACAACCGCGAUCCUGUCGUUGGCGCUCUUCGGCACCGAGGCGGCGGCGGAGCAGAUCGAGCAACCUUUCGGCAACCGACCGUACCACCUGCCCGUCAGGGCGCUCAUCAGGGCCAACACCAGGGACAUGGGUCAGACGUCGAGGCCGGUGCUCGGAUUUUCCGGCUACGUCAACUCGCCCAGGGCGCAGCCAUCGUCGUUUGAGAUUCCCUCGAUUGGGACCUCUGCGAACGCUGCGAGCGCGGAGGAGGAGGAGGACAAGGCUCUGGACGCGGGGACCGGCGCCCCGUUGCUGUACGGCAGCGCGGACGCGUGGCAAGGCGACGGGCGAGUCGAGGACACGGCUGGCGGCGGAAACGGUGGCGGCGGGGGACUCUUUGGAACGAGAUCUUCAAGCGCUUCGGACGCCGCCGGAGGUUCGGCUUCAUCCGGUCCGAACGGCUCGAGGACCGGGACCAUCACCGUCGUCCAGCCCGCGACGCCGAUGGAAGGCGAGCGCCUGACGCUUCCGUGGACGUCCAGGGACGCCGACGACGCCGCAAACCUGGCGCUCGGCAUGGAGGCGUCGGAAGGGGAGCGGCUCGGGGGCGACGCGGCGAACGACCUAUCGUCGAACACCGCCAACCUCGGCCAGGUGUUCUUCGCGCAGACGGAGUCCAAGCUGAACGACCUAAGGCGGCAGACGGGGUUCGGCGUCGGGGGCAACAAGCAAGCGAACGGCGGCGGAGGAGGCGGAGGAGGCGGAGGAGUUGGAGGAGGAGGAGGAGACAGAGGCUCCGAGGGCGUGUUCAGCUCGGACCACGGGCGCGCGCGAUCGCAAAACGGCGGUUCUUCGAACGAUUCGUCCAACGGUCACGCGAAGGGCGGCCUCGACCCCUCGGCGCAGCCUUGGGUUCCCAACUACUCGCCCUACUCCUCCGCGGGUAACGGGGCCGGCGCCAAGAAGGCGAUGCCCACGUGGAAGACGCAAACGCCGAUUGAGGUUUUCGGCGACAACGAGCUCGGCACCUGGGACGGUCACGGGUCCGUGCGGUCGACCAGUCACCGCUACCACGUCGGCGACAAGGCUCGGCGGAACGUGGACUCGCCAAACUCCAAGGGUAACUCGGCCGAGAGGAACGCGAACUCGGCUUCGGGUGGGUCGGCUUCCGCGCCCGGCUCGCCCGUGCGGAGGGGGUUCGACUUUGGGCAGUUUGUCACCUCGCCGUUGGGCCUGGCGCCCGUGGCGAUGCACGGGUUGGACUUUGGGGGUGGCGGAUUCGCGAGCAAGGCGAACGGCGCCCCGGGCUCGCCCGCUCGAUCGUCCGGCCUCGGCAACGGCCUCGCGCGCACGUCGAGCCUGGACAGGAACGCCCUCGGCGGCACAGCCGGCGGCGGGUCCUCGUCCCCCUCCGCCGGCACAGCCGGCGGCGGCUUUGACUUUUCCAACCGGUCCGCCGCGCAGUCCGCGUCAACGCGCACGGCGGACACCCUCUUCGGCACCGAAGCCGCGGGCGCGAGCAGGAGCGUCUUCACCGCCGGGUCCGCGACGACGUUCGGGUCGUCCGCCGCCGGUUCGUCUUCCCGCGACGGUUCGACUUCCCUCGGGUCUUCACUCGGGUCUCAGGGUCUUCACUCCUCGGGUCUCGACCGACGGAGCGCCGCGGGUGCUGGUUUGGAGGGCGUAUCUCCGACGCGUUCGACGGCGGAUAAGGGCGGGCCGGAUAAGAACGGCGCCGUUAACGGCGCAAUGGAGCACGCGGACUCCGUGCGGACGUGGUCCGGGAAGGACGCGCGUCGCGCCGCGUCGGCGCUGAGCAACAGCGGCCUCUUCAGCCAGCGGGAGGCGGCGGCUUCGCAGAGCGCGCGUAAGAGCGCGAGGCGCAUGGCUCGCACUCAAAGCGUCGGAAACUUCGCGCGCGUCUCCGAAACGGAGGGUGGCGGUCCGUCGUCUCCGGGCGGCGGUUCAUCUUCCAGGGGGGACGAGGACGGUUCAUCUUCCCCGGGGGGCGACGGCGUCGAGCGUUCAACGACGUUCAACAACGUCAUACCGAGAAACGCGAGCGCCGCGUCUUUCCUCGACGCGGAUUCGUCCGUCAGACCCGCCAUAUGGGACGUGUUCGGCGACGACGCGACGCUCGGAGGGACGACCGUUUCGACGACCGUUACGAACGGUGGGACGCGCGCGAACGGGUCACACGCGAACGGGUCCCACGCGAACGGCGGCGGCGGCGGCGCGACGAACGGCGUCGUCGGCGCGAGCGGCGGAACCGAAAGCGUUAAAAAGUCGUCGAAGAAGUCGGCUCGAAGUCGCGAGGCGUACGUGGACGGCGCGGCGGCGGUGGAGGCGGCGGCGGCGACGCCCAGGCGGCACAAGUCCGGCAAGCCCCCGAGGUGGGUGAACUGA